AUGCUUUCAUCUGCAACGGAAACUUUUUCGUCCAAAAAUAAGCUAAGGCCAAUGGACAGUGCUUUGAACCAAAUAGCAACUGUUUUUCCAAUCACACCCGAAGCCGUAAAGCCAGAUCCCAAAAUGCGCAAUACAGGACCAAUUAUCAAAGAAUUCAGCUUGAAUACGUCCAUGCAUGGAAUUCCAGGUAUUGCACGAAGUCAGAGUAUACAAAAUCGUCUGUUUUGGACAAUUUCAUUUAUCAUCUUCACCGGUAUUAUGUGCUAUUUUAUCAUUGAAGCCAUUCUAGCUUAUUUUCAAUAUCCGACACAAACAUCGGUAGAUUUUGUUGGACAAUGGCCACAAUCUUUUCCAGCAGUCACUGUUUGUAACUAUUCGCCUCUCCACUUCGAUCAAUUUAUACAGCCUUACCUUAAUUACACGAAUUCGCUCAAUUUAACGAAUACGACAAAUACAACGAAAUUCACGAGAAACCAAGGAGCGUACAUAAUCGAUUUCUUACAAGCAAAACUGAACCGAAAUGAGUCGUUGAAUGAUUUAUACCUUUCACUCGAGUCAAUGCUAGUUAAAUGUAUUUACAACGGUAUCAAUUGUACUGCUGCUGAUUUUGUACGAUUCCAGUUACCUCUUUAUGGUUACUGCUAUACUUUCAAUGCCCUAUCCCAGUACAUUAACAAUGGCGGAUUGCAUUAUAAUAAUGAAAAUGGUAAAAGUGGUGUAUUAGAAUUAGGCUUGUACACGCACAGUCAUCAAUAUGUUCCAUAUUUAACAGACGGUGUAGGAAUUGUCACUAUGAUCCACGAUAAUAAACAAAUGCCACUCAUUGAUAGAGUCAAUACCUUUUUAGUACCAGGACGGAAAUACAAAUUUGGCUAUAGUAAGAAGACCUAUACUCUUCUGCCUACACCUUAUACAACAUGCAGUGAAACGUCACCACCUGGAUUACAAGCUUUGUAUGACCAAUACACAGGCAUUCAAUAUGAUUAUUCACAAGAAUUAUGUUUUAAGGUUGCCAUACAAACAUAUACGUAUCAGCAAUGUGGUUGUGUCAGCCCGUAUGAGUGGUCUGCACGUUACAUUGUCUUGCCAGGCACUACAAACGUUAUUUAUGCUCAACUAUGUAACGUAUCUGAUGCCUGUUACUCAAAAGCGGCUGAUGUAUUUCGAAGUUCAGAUUCCAUCAGUAGUCAAUACGCCGAUGAUUGUGGUUUAGAAUGUACUUCUAAUGAAUUUGUUGUUAAAACAUCAUCGGUUGCAUCGCCCACCCCAUGGUAUAUGACAGAUGUAAAGGAAUUCGUCGAAUCUACUACGAUUCCACUAUCGAAGAAUUGGUCGCAGACAUGGCUUGCUGAUAUUGAACACAACUAUGUUGGUCUUGAUGUUGUAUGUGAGUCCACUCGAGUGGAAGUUUAUACUCAACAAGCUUCUAUGAGUGCUGUUGAUGUUAUUUCUAAUGUCGGUGGUCAGACGGGUCUGUGGAUUGGCAUAAGUUUUCUUUCAUUAAUGGAAAUUGCUGAAAUGAUCUAUCGAUUGAUUCGACACCGAUUUCAGCGUGUACGAAGACUAUUCAGUUAA